AUGGUUGCCUCUGCUGUCCGGAUGCGCACCCCCAGCGCCAUGUUCCUCUCCAAAGGCGCCUCCUGCCUGAAGAGGCCCCAGGCCAUGCACAGAUUCAAGGAGACUCUCCAACCUCAAUUGCCUGCCUUCUCCGCCCUUUCCCGAUACUAUGCCUCGAAGUCUUUCCCUCCCCACACUAUCAUCAGCAUGCCCGCUCUGUCGCCGACGAUGUUGGCCGGAAACAUCGGCGCAUGGCAGAAGAAGGCCGGUGACGGUCUGCAGCCCGGCGAUGUCUUGGUCGAGAUCGAGACCGAUAAGGCACAGAUGGACUUCGAGUUCCAGGAGGAGGGUGUUCUCGCCAAGGUCUUGAAGGAAACCGGUGAGAAGGAGGUUCCCGUUGGUGCGCCCAUCGCCGUUCUGGUUGAAGAGGGUGCCGAUGUCUCGCCGUUCGAAUCGUUCACCCUGCAAGAUGCCGGUGGCGACAAGUCCGCCGCGCCCGCUCAGGAGAGCAAGGAAGAGUCCAAGGGCGAUGCCGCCCCCACGCCCUCGACAUCGGAGCCCGAGCCCGCUGCUCAGGAGCCCGAAACUUCGGGUGAGAGGCUCCAGCCCAGUCUGGACCGUGAGCCCGCCAUCAGCCCUGCCGCCAAGGCGUUGGCUCUCGAGAAGGGUGUCUCUAUCAAGGCCCUCAAGGGUACCGGCCGUGGUGGCCAGAUCACCAAGGAGGAUGUCGAGAAGUUCAAGCCCAGUGCUUCCGCCGCUGCCGGUCCCACUUAUGAGGACAUUCCUCUCACCGCCAUGCGCAAGACCAUUGCCAACCGCCUCCAGCAGUCCAUGCGGGAGAACCCCCACUACUUCGUCUCGACCACCCUGUCGGUUAGCAAGCUUAUGAAGCUCCGCCAGGCCCUGAACGCCUCCUCGGACGGCAAGUACAAGCUCUCGGUCAACGAUUUCCUCGUCAAGGCCUGCGCCGCCGCUCUCCUGAAGGUCCCCGCUGUCAACUCCAGCUGGCACGAGGAGAACGGCCAGGUCGUCAUCCGUCAGCACAAGACCGCAGACAUCAGCGUUGCCGUGGCCACUCCCUCCGGACUUAUCACCCCCGUCGUCAAGAACGUGCAGAACCUUGGCCUGUCCAACAUCUCGAACCAGAUCAAGGACCUCGGCAAGCGUGCUCGUGACAACAAGCUCAAGCCCGAGGAGUACCAGGGCGGUACCUUCACCAUCAGCAACAUGGGCAUGAACGCCGCCGUUGAGCGGUUCACCGCCGUCAUCAACCCCCCUCAGGCUGGUAUCCUGGCCGUCGGUACCACCCGCAAGGUCGCCGUCCCCGUCGAGACCGAGGAGGGUACCUCCGUUGAGUGGGAUGACCAGAUCAUCGUCACCGGUAGCUUCGACCACAAGGUUGUCGACGGUGCCGUCGGUGGUGAAUGGAUCAAGGAGCUGAAGAAGAUCGUUGAGAACCCCUUGGAUCUCCUUUUAUCUUGGUCUAUCCAUUCUAUAUCUGUAGUAUAUACGUUUGACUGUAAAGGAAACCCCAAAGUUAAGAAUCCACAUCCGAAGCUUAAAGGCCCAGGUGAUGCCGGAGCUCCACGUAUAAAGGCCGAUGCCACCCAUUCCCCAAACUCUCUUCUCUGUCUUGUUCCUGCACACGCUCCCGAGGUCAACCGAGUCUUCGAGUUGCCCUCCCUUCGGCUCCUGUUUCUCCUUGGAUGGCGUGAUCUCAUGGUUUCUGAACAGACUCUCCCACAUCCUCUCCCAUCCUCAGUCGCACCUACAAACAACACUCUCAGUAUGUCUUACGCCGACGCUGCUGCCCAGGGCCCGAAGCAGAGCCCAGCCGAACUAACAUUCCAAUUCAGCCGCGCGCCCAACAUUAACAAGGUCUACAAUGAUGGAUCCGAAAGCACGGCAUCUCUGGUGGACGUCGACUCCCCGCACGUCACCACGGUAGACUCUAGCUUCCUGGAGCAAGACAUCAAGACGUCGACCCAGGCCGAGCGCAUCGAGCGCGAAGAAGCGGAAGCGGAGAAGGAGAAGAAAGCUCGCGCCGAGCGCAAAGCCAAGGCUAAAUCCUCCGGCGUCCGUAACAACAAGAGCAACCCCGUGUAUCUGGCCAACGCCGUGCUCCUGAGUGCCAUCGGCGCAGGACUUGGAUUCGGCGCCUACCGGAAACACCUCGACGGUAAGCUGUCAUGGCAGCUCGUCGGUCUGGCGUCCGGGGCUGUCGGAGCCUUCGGCGCAGUCGACUACUUCGUCAGCAAGCAACUCGAGGCCGACCGGCAGAAGAUCGCCAAGGCGGUCAACGACCAUCGUCGUGCGAACACGUCGACGCCGCAGACACCGACUCGGAACUCGAAGCAGUCUUCUCUUCUCCGUGACUUUUGUCUCGCGGCCUUUUUAACUCUUCUGAGAUCCGAAACCACCCUGUACCUAUUAUCUUUUCUGGCGACAUUCCUGAUUCUCCGCGAUAAACAUACGGGUUACUCAUACAAAGAAAGAAAUCACUUUGCGCUUGACGAAAAUAUGAAUUCCCUCUUUAAUUCCGCCCUGAAGCAGUCUUCUGCUAUCCGGCGCGAUCUGGACACAUUCUCGCAAUCCCCUGCGACAUCCUCUGCAGCCUUGCAGGGCCAGAUAGCGGCUUCUCUCGCCUCUCUAUCGCGAACGAUCGACGACUACUCGACCCUGUCCAAGAAGGAGCUUAUCCCCGAGAAACAACAAAAGGCAUUUGAGCGCACCAAGAAAUUUCGAUCCGAACUCGCCGACUACCGACUACAUUUCGAUCAACUACGAAAAGAGAGAGAGGAUGCGCAAUCCGUGACGAAUCGCAACGAGCUUCUCGGUCGACGACCGCACAAUACAGCCACCCCCGAGAACCCGUAUGCCCAAUCGUCACUCCCCAACCCGUCGCCAUUCGCCCCGUCUUCUUCUCGCGCUGGUCUCAGCUUCGGUGCCUCGCCGGCAGACUAUAAUCGGGAGACGCAUGCGCUUCGCGAACAGUCCUUCCUUGGUACUACAAACACGCAACUCGAUGAGUUUAUCGACCGGGGGCGAGCGGUCCUAGCGGAUCUCGGCGACCAGCGAGAAGUGCUCAAGGGGACACAGCGUCGGUUGUAUAGCGUAGCCAACACUCUGGGCGUCAGCGGGGAGACGAUUCGAAAGGUCGAGCGCCGGGCGAAACAGGACAAGUGGAUUUUCUGGGCAGGGGUGAUCCUGUUCUUUCUCUUCUGCUGGGCCAUUUUGCACUUUUUGCGGUGA